UCUCCUGCAACUAUACCACAUUCGAAAUUGUAUUGUCAGGAGGUGGAUAAGUAUUUGGAACUUUCAGACAUUAUGGUUAAAGCAGGAUAUGCUGGAUCUUAUCAGAGACGCACGGGAGAUUCAGUUGACGGAUGUGCCAUGUUUUGGAAAACUGAUAAGUUCCGGUUACUAGAAGGAGAGAACAUUAAAUUUAAGGACAUUGGCCUUCGUGAUAAUGUUGCCCAACUAUCAGUUUUUGAGAUGUGUGAAUCUUACUCAAGAAGACUUUUAGUUGGUAACAUCCAUGUACUUUACAACCCAAACAAGGGAGAAGUUAAAUUAGGUCAAAUUCGUUUUCUCUCGUCAAGAGCACAUUAUCUCUCUGAGAAAUGGGGUAAUACCCCUGUUGUGCUAGCUGGUGAUUUUAAUAGUACUCCUCAGAGUGGAAUAUAUAAGUUUUUGUCAUCAUCUGAGCUUAAUGUCAAGCUGUAUGACAAAAAGGAAUUAUCUGGACAGAAACGGUGUCGUCCUGCUCAAGUAAUAGGGGAGAAUAAAGAAACAGUUGGUCCAGUUGUCACCCUAGACGGCUUGUUAAAAUGUUGGACAGAUGAAGAGAUAAAAAUAGCCACCGGAGAUUCUCAGCAUCAUUUGGCUGUGCAUCCAUUGAAGCUGAAAAGUUCGUAUGCCACAGUUAAUGGUUCAAAAAGUACACGGGGAUUCAAUGGUGAACCGUUGGCAACUUCCUAUCACUCAAAGUUUCUUGGCUCUGUAGAUUACUUAUGGUACUCGGACGGUAUUGUACCUAUAAGAGUUCUUGAUACCGUUUCAAUAAGUGAUCUCCUGAGGGCAGGUGGCCUCCCAUGCAAGAAGGUGGGAAGUGAUCAUUUGGCCUUGGUUUCUGAAUUUACUUUCUCAGUUACAAACAAUGAACCUACAGACAAAGUGGCAGUAGGAGCAGUAGGAGCAGCAGCACCAGCUAUAGUAGAUAUUGAAGAGCCUAACAAUCAGCAGUCAUAAAAUAGCUCAGCGUUUUUGUUGGGAAACUGGUUUUUGCUUUCCUUGUUUACUUACAGUUUACAUUGAAUGAUUUACCUAGCUGAGCUCAAAUUUGUUGAAAUAGGUUGUAAUUUAUAAUGUUUGAAUUUCAAGUUCUUGGAA